AUGAGUGCUGAGAAACUUCCCUUCGUCCUCCCUGCUGUGUUCACCAUUGGUCCCCGCAGCGAAGAUGACGAUAGUCUCCACAAAUACGCCAAGCUAAUCUCGUCUUUCAAAAGGGAUGGCAAACAGUUACAUGAGCUUGUUAAUGGGAUCAUCGAAGGGGAGACUCGUGUCCUGGCUGCUGCCAUGACUAUGGAACAAAUCUUUAAAGGGGCCAAGGAGUUUAAGCAGGAAGUGUUUGGGAAAGUUCAGCUGGAGUUGAAUCAGUUCGGGUUGUUGAUUUAUAAUGCAAAUGUUAAACAGUUGGUUGAUGUUCCUGGACACGAGUAUUUUUCAUAUUUAGGACAAAAAACACAAAUGGAAGCAGCUAAUCAGGCUAAAAUUGAUGUUUCUGAAGCCAAGAUGAAGGGUGAAAUUGGAUCGAAGCUUCGAGAGGGUCAAACACAGCAGAAUGCAGCAAAGAUUGAUGCAGAAACGAAGAUCAUAGCGACGCAGAGGCAAGGAGAGGGGAAGAAGGAAGAGAUACGAGUGAAGACUGAGGUGAAGGUGCUUGAGAAUGAGAAGGAGGCUGAAGUGGCCGAAGCAAAUGCUGAGCUAGCAAUGAAGAAGGCAAAGUGGGCGAAAAAUUCACAGGUGGCAGAGGUGGAGGCCAGGAAGGCAGUGUUGCUCAGGGAGGCGGAGUUGCAGAAACAAGUUGAGGUGUUGAAUGCAUUGACUGUAGAAAUUUAUAGAAAUAUAGACACUCUUCAAGGCAGCCAUUAA